AUGUAUGUGAAAUGGUUUGAUACAGUAUGUUAUACUAUGUGAUUUUAGUGAUUUUAGUGAAUGUCACUUUUUGUCAUUUUCAAAUUUCCCGCCGUUCCAUCCCCCGUACAUCCCGACGCUCGCAGGGGACGGAACCCAGAUGACAGAUGCCGGCAUUCGCUGCAGGAGGGACAUCGUGGGAGCACAGGACAAGGUAAGUGAUCGAGGGAUCCCGGAGAUGCGCCGCAUGGUAAGCCCGAGUGUAGCUCGGGGUUACCGCUUGUGCUACACUCGGAAUACCGCCAGGGAGGUUAAGGUA